AGUGUAAGCAUUAAAAUCUUUCAAAGUCAUCAGACAUUUUUGAUAUAAUUUUGUGUGUUCUCACCAAAACCAAAAUAGUUUUGUGAAUUUCAAGACGUAAAUUAUUUGAUAAAUAAUGAACAAGUCAAAGGUGCAACGUGAUACGUUGAAGAGGUUCAUGGCCCUUACUCAGACGAGUGAAAAGACGGCCACUUUGAUUCUACAAAAUAACAAUUGGAUGCUGGAUCAGGCCAGCGAUAAUUAUUUUACAAAUCCCGAAAGAUACAGUCGUUAUUUGGAAGAAACGAAAAUCGGACAGCUAUUUCGACGGUACGAAGAUCCGCAUGAUCCGACAAAAACCUCAACCGAUGGUGUAUGCCGGUUUUUGGAAGAUUUACAACUCGAUCCAACAUCGAAAUUGGUUUUAAUCUUUGCAUGGAAAUGUCGCGCCGAAAACCAAUGUGAAUUCACAAAAAAGGAAUUUAUCACCGGUUUUGUCGAAUUGGACGUUGAUUGUAUAGAUCGUUUAAGAUCAAAACUACUAGCAGUGGAAAAUGAAUUACACCUUCCAACUAAAUUCAAGGAAUUCUAUAAUUUCACAUUCAAUUAUGCAAAAGACGACGCACAAAAAGGCAUCGAUCUGGAAACGGCCAUCGCAUACUGGAACAUUUUGCUCAGAGGUCAAUUUAAAUUUCUUGAUCAAUGGUGCGAAUUCUUAACGAAGAAUUACAAUCGCCCGAUCCAAAAGGACGUGUGGUAUUUGCUGUUAGAUUUUAUAACCGAGAUCGAUGACAACAUGUCUAAUUAUGACUCUGAAGCUGCGUGGCCGGUGUUGAUCGACGACUUUGUCGAAUGGUUUCGCACAAAUUAGUAAUUUGAAAUUACCACUGACAAUCGGUGAUGAACACAUCGACAAACAGAAGCAACGAAAAAGAACACAUCAACU